AUGGCUCCUUUUGUUCCGUACCACUCCUCCGCCGGCCAGUCGACCAUUGUCAAAUUCGGAGGUCUUCUCACCACCGAAUUCCUUGAACCCCCUCCAGGACGCUGCUUUCUCUUCCGUCAAACAUACCGCCACACCAUUGAAGGCCCCAUUCCCGAAAACCUGCGCAAACUGAUCAACAGCCCUGACAGACCCAAAGGUCCUCCGCCCCACUUCCACCAGUUCCAAACAGAGUACUUUCGUGUGGAGAAUGGAGUACUGGGCAUCGAGGUGGACGGGGUCCUGCGACGCAUCACGCCCGAUGAUGGCGAGAUCUCGGUCAAGGCAGGCAGCGUCCAUCGAUUCUUUAUCCACCCUGAUUCUCCCGAGAGCAUGACGGUGUACCUGAGUGCGUCGGAUUCCGGGAAUGAUUAUCAACUAGAUCGGAUUUUUUUUGAAAAUUGGUACGGAUACUGGCAUGACGCGCUGCUGCACGACGGCGGUCUGGACUGGAUUCAGUUUUUGGCGAUCCAAGACGGUGGCGACGCCUAUACUCCCGCUCCAGCGUGGGUCCCGUUCCGUCGUCAAGUCGGAUACUGGACCUGUGUGAUUGUGGGACGGUGGAUCGGAGGGCUGCUGGGGUACAAGCCCUUCUUCCGAGAAUAUACGACGGAUUGGGAUUUCGCCGUCGCCAAAAUGAAGGGAUCGUUUUUCCAGCGGCAUCUGGUGCACGAGUCCUUUGCAGCGGAGAAGUCGUGGAAGCAGCAGGCCGAGCUGGAGCCCAAGGUCAAACCUGAGAAUGCAGAGUUUGAAAAGUGGACGGAAGAUCUCUCGCCUACUUCGCUGGCGUUGGGGCCGGUGGCGUAUGAGCAUGGGGAAUUCAAAGGACUGCAGAAUGGCGUCGCCAAUGGGGUCAACGGCCAUGCCACGGGGGUCCAAACGAAGAAGACGCAACUAGGGAAUUUGACUCGGAGAUGGUCCGGAGCGGAGAACAAGACUUCUGUCGAGGCCUAG